AUGAAUACAGCUGAUGAUGAUGAAUAUGAUCAAACGAAUAAUAAUAAUAAUUCAAAUAAUCAAGGUAACACCACCACGACAUCCAAUAAUAAUAACUCAUCCAAAGACGAUACUCCAGGAGGAAAGUUUGCGGCCAUAGCCUGUGUUUCAUGCCGUAAAUUACACCGAAAGUGUGAUAAAACUCUCCCGCAAUGUGCCUAUUGUGUCAAGACUGGAAAGCAAUGUGUUUAUCCUUCUCCACGAAGAGGAAAACAAUUUCAACAACAAAAGCAAAAACAAGUUUCAUCAUCCUCAUCAUCAAAUGACAUGAUAUCUAGCUCUCAUCAACCACAACAAUUAAUCAUUGUGAAUCAAAGUGAUCAUCAUCUCCAUCAUCAUACAAACAAUAAUAAUAAUAAUAACAACAAUAAUAGUGCCAUUGUAGGUAUUCAUCAAUACCAUCAUCCUCAUCGACAACACAGUCAUCAUCUCACAUCCGCCUCAUCUGCAGGAGCACUCACAACCGCAUCCUCAUCAUUAUCACUUGACACUACAAGCUCGUCAAACUCUUCUAGUACCACAACAAACAACAACAACAACAAUAAUAACAACACUAACAAUGACACCAUUACCAUUCAAUACACCCCAUACGAUACAGGAAAGACACAACAUGAACUCAAUUACAAAUAUGUGGCAACUCAAAGUCUCGACCUUUACUACAAUAUUUUGAGCUUUGGAUACCCUCUCAUGGAGAGAGAGCGUUUACAGGCACUCAUUGACAAUACACAAAAGAAACCAGCCAAUAGCAAUAUGCAACUGUGGCAAAACAAGCUCGAGCAAGAGAAGGACUAUGGUCUUCUCUACUCCAUGCAAGCACUGUGCUUACAACAAAUGGGACAUCGUGACAUUUCAAUGCAUCUCUUCCAAAAGGGCAAACAAAUUGUUUCGAAAUUCUUUGAUGAAGUAGAGACGAUCAAUAUCCCAAUAGCAAUGAAGUUCAUUGCUGAAUAUCUGCUUGGAUCUGGAGAAAAGAAGAAGGCUCGUGUUAUUUCAUCAAUGGUCAAGGCCAACAUUGCGCCUUAUCUAAAGGGAGCACCUGGCUCGACGUCACCAACCGCAACGAAAUCCAAUUCCACUUUGGCACCAAACAGCAAUCCAAACGACUUUUCGUGGAUUGAUAAGGAUCCAAAGAUUUUACCCGCUGUCUUGCUUGAUACCCAAUUGAAGUUUUUGGACUUUUUCCUGAUUGAGGAAGAAAACCCAAACACCUUUAUCUUUGACGAGUUGGAGAUAUUGGGUCACAAUAAGAUGAAGGUUGACCUCAACAAGGUUGGAAAAAGCUGUAGACAACUCAAUGAAGAAAAUUCUCAAAAGCUAUUGGCCAUCAUUAAGACCUAUGAAUGUUUUACAGACUUGGUAUUCAACACACUUGCCAAGAAAGAUUCAUUGGUUUAUUUGGUUGCUCAAUUCACGAACAAGCAAGUACACCUUGAAAUUUUAAACAACUGCAACGCUCAAUCGAUGGAUAUAGGUGAAAUGUUAAAAGUUGCAUAUCAAAUUAUUGAGUUGACAAAGAAUGCCUACUUCCCAUACACUCCAAUUUAUGCAUGUAAGGCUGUCAUUUUGGCAUGUACUGUGCGUCUGAAGUACAAUAAUCAAGGAGCCAACAUAAAUGGAACCAUUGAUUUUAAGGAUGACCUCAGAGCCAUGCGAGUAUUGGCAAAUAGAUUCUCACUCAUUCAAAAAGAAUGUGGUCAACUCAUCAAAACCAUUGAGAGCGUUUUGUACACGCAAUCAUUGACCCAAAACAAUUCUCGUGAAAUGCCAUUCUCCAACACUUCAUCUCUCAUGGAUGAAUCUAACCCAUUCCAUUCCUUACUUGGUAAUUUUUAUCCCACAUUAUCUUCAGACUCUGCCAUUUCAGAUAUUCUCAACAUUGCUCCUCAAUUAAGUAGUACUGAUGACAUUUUUGGUAUUAUCGACUCCAACUAUGACGACAUUUUUGCUACUCAAAUUUUGGAUAGUUUUUAUGAGAACAGUGUGUACGAAACUAGGUACAGAGCUCUCAUGGAAGAGGUCAUGGAAGGCUCCGAACGAUUCUCCAUUUCCAUUCAAAAUCUUAUCAAACAACAACAAGCUCAACAAAUGCCAGACACCAUUCAACGACUUGAUGGGCUGAGAAAACUUCGAUUAGAUUUGGCCAAUGAAAUGCUUGACAUGGCCAAAAAGCAAAAUGACAUGACGAGUAUCAUUGAAGCAGAAUUAUUCCGACGACAAGUAUUGGCUUCGAAUCAGCAUGCCAUGCAAUACUUGCAACAACAACAACAGCAACAACAGCUCGCACAAGCUCAACAACAAUUUUCCCAAUUUAUUGACUCGAAUCACUUUAAUGUAGAAGAUUAUCCAUUCGAUCUUUAA